AUGCAUCUGUCAAUAAAUUAUGUGUUUAAAGCUUGGUGGAUAAGCUAGGAACAGGAAAGAUACGAUCUAGAACUGUAGUGUUUCAAUUCAUAUGUAUGUUAGUAUUUACCUUGACUAUGACCAAAAUCAGAUGUAGGAUCAAUUGCUGAUGAUGGGGCAGCAUGAGCACUUGAAGAGGAGGCAGCAGAGACAUCACGGCGAUUUGUUCGCUGCUCGCGUUUUUACUCAUUUUUAUUAAAUUUUAAACUCCAACACACUUCACUAACUUUUGAAAUUCAACUGUAUUUUUGACGUGAACAUUUUACAUUUUUUAUACGUCAAAUUCAGAUGACACAACAAUCAUCGUCAGCAGAGACAAUAAUUAGUUUUUUUUGACGAUUCACCUUCGUCUGCACGAAUGUGACUAUCGUCUGUAACUGUCUAGCUUUCUCGGGAAAACGAGAGACGCUAUCGUUUAGACGAAACGAUGGAACGUUUCGUUUUUUGUUUUUUACUGUCUAACCCCACAGUUCAUACUUACGAAAUUAAGCGUUUGAUGUACGUAAUGAAGCGUCAUAUUUCAAAUUAUUUGCAAAGCCAAUGAUGGGUAUAUUCUAAACUAGCCAGCGUGUGUAUCCAACUAUGCUUGGCGUUACAAUAAUUUAAAUAGAUUAAUGAUGAAAGAAAAAUGUAAUAAUAAUCUGAGCGAGACCGCAGACAGCAAUUCAUAUUAUAAAUUGUAAGUAAAGUGCAAAUAUAACUACUUAUGAUAAACGAAAUGUUAUUUAAACCAGCGUACUUUAUUUAAUCGAGUUGUAUUUGUUCAAGUGUCUGUCUAUUCAACAGUAAUCAUUAUAUAUUUUUAAUUUCUUUAUAAAAUGAUAUCUUUUGUGAAAUAAAACAAAAUAAGUUUUUCAACUCGGCCUUUUAUGACCGAACGAAUGAAAUGUUAAAAUCGGAUUAGAAUUCCUUGGGACUGGAAGUGCUUUCGCAUGAAAUGUGACAUGUACGGAAGUUAUCAUUCAACCUAAAUGUUUGCUUUAAAUCUUCUAUCUUUUAAAUAAUCUAACAGUUUAGAUAAAGUUUUAUCACCUAUGUAUUUGUUAUGUCGCGUGUCCAAAAUAUGUUAGUGUUAGUAAAACGAUAGUGUGGAAAACGUCUGUAUAUGAACAAGCAAUUACUACAUUACAAAGAUAAGUUCAAAAUCUAUACGGCUAAUAUUAUUUUACUAAUCGCGAUAAUGUCCGCCGAUGACGCUUUUGAAAAGGUGAUCGGUCGCUUUGGGAAAUAUCAGUCAUGGGUUAUGUUUUUGAUAUACAUUGGCCGUUUGCCCACUGAUUUUCAAUUGACCAAUGUAGUUUUUAUUUUGCCGAGUGUAGAGUACGAAUGCACGGAUGAUCAAGUCCUGAAUACAACAAACUAUUGUCCGUGUACUAAUCCUAGAUACGAUACGAGUAAUGUUGUGGAAUCUGUCACUACCACAUGGAACCUAAUUUGUAACAAAACACAACUAGCUAGCUUUGCACAGUCAACGCUGCAGAUGGGAAUUCUAGCGGGAAGUCUUAUCUACGGAUAUUUAUCAGACAGAUAUGGCCGUAAAGUAACAACCCUAACCGCACUAAUAACCAACGUGCUAUUCAUAAUAAUAUCCGGUAUAGUCCCAGAACUUUGGAUGUUCCUCGUUUGUCGAUUUUUAAUCGGCACUGCAGUCGGUGGAACAAUGCUUUGCUCUUACAUUCUUAUGGUAGAAUUGAGCGGUACAUCAUUCAGGCCGUAUUUGACGGGACUAACAGAAAUGGCAUACGUCACGGCGUCAAUAAUUCAACCAGUGAUAGCAUAUUAUGUUCGAGAGUGGCGAUAUCUGCAAUUGGUGACGUCAGUUCCCUGGCUCUUUGUUGUCUUGUACUAUUGGCUAUUACCAGAAUCACCUCGCUGGCUGCUCACAAUGGGAAAGAAGGAAGAGGCUAUAAAUGUAUUAACGAAGAUUGCUAAAUGGAAUAAUAGACCUACAGAAAAUAUUGGAGCAAUAAUAGAAAAGAUCGAAGAAAAUUCAUUAAACGAAGAUAAACAAAAGCACGGGUCUUAUUUGGAUUUGUUUAAAACGACAAGAUUAAGAAUUUACACAAUUGUAAUGGCUCUCGUUUGGUUUUGUUGCGGUCAUACAUUUUUCGGUAUUAAUCAAUACAUCGGAAGACUACAAGGCAAUUUCUAUUUUAAUGUAAUGCUUUCAGGAAUUUUCCUUUUACCUGGAGUUGUUUUGAACAUACUUUCGUGUUUGUAUCUUCAAAGAAAAGUUGGCGUGAUAGCAAGUUUUUUAAUAGCAGCAAUUUCUUUGACUGUCUUUAUAUUUAUACCAAGCAAUGCUUAUACAACGUCUUUAGUAUUUGCUGUAUUUGGUCAAAUGGGAGCUUAUAUGGCAUUUAUUCAAAUAUAUUUGUAUACAUCGGAAGUAUUCCCGACUGUUGUAAGAAAUUCAGCGAUGGGAUUCGCUUCAAUGAGUGCAAGAGUUGGUGGUUUUGCUGCACCAUUCGUAGUUAAUGUUGGUGUAGAGUGGGCUUCUAUUACAGUAUUUAGUACAGUGGCUUUGAUCGCUGGAUUUUUAUGCUUUUUAUUACCGAACACCAAAGAUACUGUACUGUUGAAUACAAUUCAACAAACUGAACAGUCAGAGAGAAAAGUUAAAACGUAAUAUAGUUU